GGGGGGCGGCGCCCACCGGACCUGCCGUGCGGGGUGGUGCGGCGCCGCUGAGUGUGUUUGGCGUAGGGCGAGAUGUUGUUUUGUUGUUGCGAUCAGCUGAAUGUGGCAUCGCUGUCCGGUUUGACACAACAGUGGGAAGCACCCAGAGCCCCUCCGGCUCUCCCUGCGCACAAACGCGGGCAGCGACACCAGCUCUAUCCGGCACAGCGCAAUCCAGGAAAUGCGGACUUCUGGCCCUUUUGCUUCGGGAUAAAUGGCUGCAGCGCAUGCACUGAAGCAAGCUGCAACACACCCACUCAAACAGUCAUAUCCGCUCUCACUCUAUCUGACUAUUCCUGCUCGUCUCGCAGUGCCUGUGAAGCGUCUCUGAGGGGGAAGACCAGACUGCUCUGUCAGACCCAUUCAGGCACUGAACAGCUAAUAGACAGCGAACACAGGAGAUGCAAGGAAUAUCUUGGGAGGGGUUUUAGAAUGGCUGAAGCUGGAAUGAAGCGAGGCUGCUUUGUAAAGAGAGGUGACCCAUGUUUACCUGCAUCCAUGCAGCUCCAAGGCACCUUUUAACGAUGCCUCAUUUGGUCCUCUGGAAUAACUUAAGGCCCACACUGAAAAAGGCCUUCAAUUGUGAUUUACUCUUCAGUGUGCUGAUGUACCCCUGCCUCUGACCUCUCUGCUGCCAUGCGGUUAGCCCCAUGAGGCUCAGAGAGCCCUUCCCUGUGUUUCUUUGAGGCCUCCUCCCCACUCUAUGGAGGCUGAGCCUAGCCGUCCGGCUGAUGGGGAGCGCUCUGGAAGACAAGAGCAGCAGCAUGCCACAGCUGAAUCCUCACUAGGAUCUUGUCCACCACUGCAGCCCCAGCAGCCUCCCAAUCCUCGCCCUGUACACAGAGCCUUGGGCCGCCUGCAAAAUCGGCAACCAAAACGCACUGACCUUCUGCUUAGGUUACAGCAGCAGCAAGCAGUAGCAUGGCAGCAUUCAGACACCCCAGGUACCUCAGGAGGCAGCUUCUGCUUUCCAUCUUCCUCAUCAACCACGUCCCUCCCCUCAACUUCCAGCUGGGGUGAGCAUGGUCAUGGGGUCCCAUCCCAGCCCAGCCAAGAGAGUUCAGAAGUGGUUAGCUCAAGAAAAGGAGAGAAGAAACCCCAAAAACCAGGGAAAUAUGUGUGCACUUAUUGUGGCCGUCCAUGUGCCAAGCCAAGCGUACUUCAGAAACACAUCCGCUCUCACACAGGAGAAAGACCCUACCCUUGUGGCCCUUGUGGAUUUUCCUUUAAGACCAAGAGCAACUUAUAUAAGCACCGCAAGUCCCAUGCCCAUCGCAUUAAAGCGGGCCUGGCAUCCAGUCGCGAUGAGCCCAGUCUUAGUGGACCAGAAGGCAGUGGUGUUGGAGAGGACCCAGAGGAACACACAGAGGGAGAAAGCACUGAGUCAGAAGAGGAGACAGGUCAACACAAGAAAUCCUCUUCAAAGGAAAUGGGCCACCAGAGAAAAGGUAGUAAGGAGUUGCUGGGUGGGUUGGAGGAGAGCCAGAGACCUGAAGAUUCCCAGGCUGUCAAGCAGAGGCUGGCACUGAGGCUUAGUGAAAGGAAACGAGUCCCUAUGGCAUCUCCAGAUGACCCUCCUUCCUCCCUCUCCACCUCGUCCUCUUCUCUUGGCCCCGGAAGUAAGGGCAGCACAGAGUCUGGCUACUUUUCUGGAUCAGGUAGUACUGACCUAUGCCAAGUUAGCUCUCCCAGUGCUAGUGCCAAAACCUACGCAGAAAUUAUACUUGGGAAAUAUGGAAGGCUGGGAGGGCAGCAGCGUGGUGCCCAUCAACAGCAUCCUCAUUCUUCACUUUCAUCAUCCUCAGGGACAGAGGACAAGAGCAUCCCCUUCGCUGUACCCAAAACUCAAGUCAUUGAACAUAUUACCAAGCUUAUCACUAUCAAUGAAGCAGUAGUAGACACAAGUGAGAUUGAUAGUGUAAAGCCCAGGCGCUCCUCACUGUCCAGGAAAAGCAGCAUUGAGUCACCCAAGUUUACUUCCCCUAAAGACCCCUACAUAUUUGAUCCUAAAGGAGACGCCCCUGGUCCCAGUGGUUUGGGACAACUCCAUAAACCUGAGAUAGAUCCACUGGGUACACAGGAACUGGCCGCAGUUCCCCUGCUAAGAAGCCACUCAAUGCCAUCACCUACCAGCCAAGGAGAUCCCUCCACCUCUGGCACCAUGUCCCCCAGAAGUUACCGUCUCUGCCAAUCAUUUGAUGAGCAGCAAGCGGUGGUAGCAGAGAUGAGGGUGGGCCAUGCCCAGCGUAUGCUGCGGCGCCAGCCUGCCAUAGAAGUUCCAUUAGGAGCUGAGGUAAUGCUUGAAGAAGCCGGUCCCACUCCCUCCUCCUCCUCCUCCUCCUCAGUCAGAGGCUCUGAACUGUCCAGACAGUCACAGCAGCAACAACAAAGAAGUCCUAGCCUGUUUGUAUGUGAGGCCUGUGGAGCCACCUUCCAACACAGUGAAGGCUAUGAGGCACACAGAGGCCAAUGCCCUGGGCAGAAAAAAACAGACACCAAAAGCAGGGAUGGGAGUAAAACUUCCAGGGAGGAUCGCCCCCCAAUGAUGAUGCACUAUAAGUUCAGAGCACUGGCCAUGGCUGUGAGGAAGAGAAGGAAAGAGGAAAGUCUGGAGGAAGAUCCCCCCAGCCCUGGAUCCAUAGCCAUGUCAAGCAGCUCUGCAGGCCUUGUUCCUGUGCCAAGCAGACCAGAGCAAAGCCAGGCCCUCUCAGGUGUUUCUUUACAGACUGAUCCAAAACAGCAACAGGAAAGGAAGGGUGUUUCUGUGAUCCAACACACGAGCUCAUUUGAGAAGCAGGAGAGCAUAUCUUAUGAAAGUCAGGAACCAGAUCUCAAAGAGAAUCAGCAAAGGCAACAACCCGAGCCAAAACCAUCACCCUCUACAUCUCGCCUCAUACGCCAGCCAAACAUCCAAGUGCCAGAGAUCCUUGUUACUGUGGAGCCUGAUGCCGACAUGCCAUCUGUGUCACCGCCAGCCACAGCAUCCUCAUCCAAGGAGGCAGAGAGGGUGGAGGAGUUCCAGUGGCCUCAGCGUAGCGAGACUCUGGCCAAGCUCCCUGCAGAGAAGCUGCCACCAAAGAAGAAGAGACUCCGGCUGGCAGAAGCAGCCCAGUCCUCUGGGGAGUCUAGCUUUGAGUCUGCAUCUCUGCCUCGCAGCCCCAGUCAAGAGAGCAACAUCUCACACACACCAAGCCUUUCUGCUUCUUUUGAGGGCACAGUGAGAUCAGACUCUGGUAUCUGGGCCUCCAGUAGCCAAAGCUCCCAGAUGUUGAUGGUGCCAUCAGCUUCCCACCAACACCACCAAAGCCAAAAGGAGAUGAGGCGCUCUGCCUCAGAGCAGACCCCAGCCAGCCCCCAACAAUCAGAACAGAUCUCAGAGACUAGAAGUAAGUCCUUUGACUAUGGUUCCCUGUCUCCUCAGCAGUCUUCAUCCUCCUGGAAAGAAAGGAGAAAAUGUCUCCUUGUGAAACAUGCCACCUUAGGGAAACCUGAGCAGGAGGAAGGGACCAGUUUGAGAGCAGAGAGUCCAAAGCCUGGGCCUUCCCACUCAAUCCGUCCUCCUCUUUAUUCAACCGAGGAAGGCGCCUGCUUCAGCCCUGAAGCUGCAGGGAAAGCAUUGCAGCUGUUAUCCCCACAAAUCUUCCUGCCUUCUCAGGAUGUUCUCUUUUAUCAGCCCAGAGGUCAACAAGGGUUUUCACAAGGACCGAUUUCCCAGCUACUUCCUGUCACUACAGCUAUCUCUGAUGUACUGUCCACCCAAAUAAUCCAUAGAGCAUUUUUACAUACACAGACAGGACCCCCACCUAUACAAACGUACCCAUCGCAGAUCCAUAUGACAGAGCAGUUGGGAAUACCGUUCCAUCAGCUUCCUGCUCUGGUUCCUCUUCAGUUCUCUUCCAGGACGAGAGCUAGUCAGGCGUUGUACCUGCCUUUGCCUUCAAGACUUAACACACAUGUUCCUUCUAUUGUAACUACGGAGAACAGACCCUCCAUGUCUUCUGCCCUUACACAUCAAGCCCUUGUAAGGAUCUCCUACCAUGACCCAAGGCCGGUCAUCGCAACAUGCCUUUCACAGCUCACACCAUUAGUGUCACUUGUGGUGCCAGUGCGUCUCCAGACCCACAUACCUACCUAUGCUAGUGCCAUGUAUACAACAUUGUCCCAGAUUUUGGCCUCCACCUGCUCACAGGGACCCAUUUCUUGCACAGCAAUGGUCAUCAUGGGACAGGUAGAGCGAAGCAAGCUCCAAAGGUCCUACUUGAAAGUCCCCUCCCCUGACAUGAAAAGCCUUGUUCCCCUCUCCUUGCCAACAGAGCUGGCCUCAGGAUCUGGAGAGGGUCAUGGUCCUCUCGGGGCUGGAGGAAGUAAGCGCAUGCUUUCUCCUGCAGCCAGUCUGGAGCUCAGCACAGAGGCCCAACGGCACCAGAAAAGGGUGAAAGAGGAAGGGGAAAAGGAGCAACAUAAGGCAGAGGAGGUGGGGGAUGAAGAAGAGGAGGAAAGUGUGGAACACAAGGUAAGACAUGAAGAAAAAGCCACCAGGGGAGAUUCAGACAAAGAUGAUAAGAAACAGGCACAGAAUGUGGAGUGUACAGCUGUGAAAGUAGAGAGUCAACAGGGCCAAGUUCCAGUGAAACAUUAUCAGGAGACAAAGGAGGAGGAGGAUGGGAAAGAGUCAACGGAGAAGACUAGUCAAAAAAAGGAGUUACCAGUUGUGAGAGCAGGUGUGGAAAAACCAAGCACCAGUUCGCACCCAAGCCUUGACACCUCCACCUCAGUCAACUGGUGUUACCUGAACUACGUUAAACCUAACCCAGCUGUCCUGACAGACCUUUGCACCUCAGUCUACUCCACCUGGAGUGUCAGCGCUCAUAACCCGAAUCUGCCAGGCCUCAACACUAAGUUGGUAUUGUCGCUACUGUGCUCCAAACAGAAGCACAGCUCAGAGACGUACACUAUGGCAAUGGCCCCAGCCCAAACCAACAGUCAAGUUGCCCCUGCCAGUAGCAGCACCCCACGUGUUUCAGAGGUACAUGCCACCCCACCCAGCACCCUCACCAGAGUAAAAGAUGAACAACAGCAUGAAAAGGAAGAGAAUAAAGAGAUGACAGAAGAAGUACCGUCCACCUCAAAACAAAGUGAGGCUCCUCGUGUGCGCAUCUUCGAGGGCGGGUAUAAGUCCAAUGAGGAGUAUGUUUAUGUGAGAGGUCGAGGCAGGGGAAAGUACAUAUGUGGAGAAUGUGGCAUCCGCUGUAAGAAGCCCAGCAUGCUAAAAAAGCACAUCCGAACACACACAGAUGUCCGCCCGUACAUCUGCAAACACUGCAACUUUGCCUUCAAAACCAAAGGGAACCUUACCAAACACAUGAAGUCAAAGGCUCAUGGGAAAAAGUGCCAAGCGAUGGGAGUAUCUGAGUCAUCACUGGAUGAGCCAGAGAGUGAGGAAACAGCAGGAAGUGAGGAGCGUGUGUGUGGCCUGGAGGAACAGGACGAACACCAGUUUUCUGACGUGGAGGAGUCUGAGAACGAUGACGAUGACGAUGAUGACGAAGAAGAGGAGUCUGCUUCCCAUGACGACCCUCCGUCCUCCUGUUCAUCCGACACCCACCCAUCCACAGGAGGGCUUUCCUGGCACUCUCAACAGGGCACUCCUGAAGCUGAGCAUCUGGGUGCCAGUCUCAGUCCCGGUCAGGACUCCUCUCCGAGGGGAGUGUGGCCUAGCAGACGAGCCGCCUCUCCAGGUAGCAGACGAGCUUUGUUUUCCCGGCGGGGCUGGAAGGCUUCACCUAGAGCCUUCUCCCCCAGUAGUGAGAGCUGCUCCCCCAGCCGAAGCCUCUCCCCUCGCUUGGAGCUGUCUUCCCCCAGGACAGAGUUAUCUUCACCCACCCAGCAUUUCUCUCCCUCUCCUGAGAGAGGACCAUCUCCCAUCAGACCUCUUUCUCCUCUGCGGCCUGUUUCACCCAGCUGCCACCGCUCAUCACAAGCUCGAGCCCUCCCCUCUCCGCUUGGGUUACAGCACAGGACCCCUGGGUACCUGCCAUGGGAGACCCCAGGGACAAAAAGUGGUUAUCUCAAACAGGACAAAAGUGGUACAGAGGGACCAACAUUGCCAGAAUCCAGCUUGUUUCCACCUGCUUUCCGUCUCUCCACAUGUGAGGGUUAUCCUGGCCUUCAAACAGCAGACACCACCUUCAGCCAUCUUCCCAUGCACUCCCAACAAGCCAGGGUCCCCUACCCAAUGAUCCCCAUUGGAGGGAUCCAAAUGGUACAGGCAAGACCAAGGUCCCACCCCACCACACCCUCAUCCCCCACUUCACCCCCCAUGGAAGGGCCUUCAUUUGCCAGGUUUGAAUCUUACUGGGGCAGGACCCCCAGAACUCAAGGGCUUAGGACUCCUGGAGACCCCUGGUCAGAGCACCAGGCAGCAGGAACCAGCCAAUCAGCACGAUGCGUUUACAGCACAGCACUCACAUGCUCCAAACAGGCGGGGGAGAUCACAGACUCGAAGCAAUAUGGCAGCUCGCAAAGCUCCGCCCACACCCACAGCUCUGCUACUGAGACACCCGAACGCUGCGUCAGAGACAGUCGUUCAAGCGCACCCCCACAUCUCCCAGCCACCGUAGCUUCUCGUGUCAUUGGACAGCAGCAGGAGGGGGAGGAGUCACAGUCUGGCAAUGGGUUAGAAAAGGGAGGAGUUAAAGGAGAGCGAACAGACCAGAGCACUUAAAAGUGUCACACCUUGAUGCAUCAUGCAUCCAACUUUGCUUUAUUGGUUGCUACACUAGUCUUGUUUUUUAUUGCUUUGUUUUUAUACAGUUUUCAAUACUAUUGUUAACUUAAAUGUUUGUUCUUCGGCAAUAUUCAGGUUUGUUAUAAAAAUGCACUUUUUCCUUUGUAAAAAUAAUGUCUAUCUAUACAUAUGAAUUAUAUAUACACAAAUAUAUCCCUCCUGUAUCUCUAUUGAUACUGGUAAUCUUACUGUCUGUUUGAAUAUAUGUAAAUUGAAUAUGGAAACAUUUGUAAAUGACCAAAAUCUUUAAUCAAAAUAAUUCCAGUUUUUGUUUGUCCAAAUUUUGUCCAGUAUUACUCAAAUUGUAGUUUAUUGUGCCUUUUCUGUCCAGGUUUGUGUUUUGAGAUGUACAGUACAGAGAGAAGGCUGUGAAUUUUUCCAUGUUUUAUUUUCCAUGGGGGUUAAUAUUUGGUGAUAUGAUUGUUUCUGUUCCAAAGGUAGUGGCUUUAUUGACAGGGUAACAGAGAGCGAGCUAUCAUGGAGACUUUUGAAGGCGCAGCAGAAACAUGUCAGAGGAAUUGCACUGAAGUUCUAUUUUUUAUUACAGAAGACUUUAGAGUAGAGUUUAUCUCUGUACAGGGAAGAGCGCUCUUUAUUUAUUGUUGUUCGAUGACAAUGAUCAUUGUUUCAUUUUUUUUACUUUUUUUUAAGGAAGAGGACAUUUUUUCUGUGUCUUUUUCAUGAUGUUUCUGUGACUUGAAAUAUUCAAAAAAUGAGGAAUGGAGUUUAGCUGGUAUUGGAGGACUAAGUGCCCUGCAGAUUUCACACACAGCAAAAUUUCUAGUCAUUGAAAAAAUAAAAAAAGCACCAGAAUACCUUGAAGCUUCGCCUUUCUUCCAUUUCAGUCAUCAGAGUGUGAUUUUGUUGUUUUUCUCAUGAAGUUGUAAAUUUUUCCUGCUCCUAUCCUAAACCACAUUUCAGAAGUUUAGAGCUCCUGUGAACAACAUUAGUAAUGUCACAUUUGGACAAAGUAUACAUCUUAUCUCUUUACUGAUCUCUUCUUGUUCAGUUUUAAUUUUGGUAGUUGUUUUUCAUUUUAGUGUUUGUCCAAAGAUUUAAAUGUUCAUAAUCUUUAGUCACAUUUUAGUCAUUUCUAACCUAUAUAGUUUUAGUCAGCAAAAGCUCAAAAACAUUUUAGUCCAGUUUUAAUCCCUAGAAAGUGAUUACAUUUUAGUCUUUCCUUUUAGUCAAAACAUUUCUUCCCUCUCAAUCUGGUGCCAAAUCAUGCUAGUUUUAUGUGCUGGGACUGGGAACAGACAUGCAUCAAAUAUGCACAGAGACCAGGAAUCAAUCCUGCAACUAGGAAGACAGCCUCAGCAUAUGGGUGCCUGCUCUACCAGCUGAGCUAAACUGGCUCCAAGAAUGAAGAAUUAACCAUUUUUUGGUUAUAGUUUUGCACCUGAUUGUAUGUGAAACUCAGCUAAGUGAAACUGUACACCCAGAGGGGAUGAAUGAUGAUAAGUAGCUUUAAUCUUUUUCUAUAGUUGCAGUCCCUUGAAAAGUUUACAGUGUUCUACAAAUAAUUCUGCCUAAACAAUGAAUCCAAACAAAAUACAGUAAUUCUGUAACACUAUCUUUCUUUACAUAUUAAAACUGCUCAAAGGAACUUUUGGUUUGAGUUGACUUUAGAGCCCCCUUGUGGACAAAAGAGGAACCUUUUUAGUCUCCUCCUUUUUAUGCUUAGGAAGUACAUUCUAUGAAACGUCUGAUCUUACCUCCACUUAAAUCUACAAACACAAGUCUUAAUGAAUCUUUGCAGUGGAAAAUAUAAACAACAAAAACUGUUUGGGCACUGUUAAUCAGGCUUAUAAUUACUCCACAGAAAUAAUUACUGGUUCUUACAGAUCAUACAGAGACAUGAGGCAUAAAGUUCUGUUUCAUAACCAGAUAUAAACUCCUCACAUGAGCUUUAAAACUGCUGCUUACAAAUCAAAUCCAUGGAAAGAGAAAAAGGAAUGUGCAAAGUAGUAAAACAACUAAUUAUUUAGCUUUUGGUUCCUUUUUAAGCUCUUAGGAAGUUAAGCUUUUUAAUGUAUGGUAUUGUUUGAGUUGAUCUGAUGAUAAUAGUUGCCCUGAGUGUAACACUAGUCUAAAAUCUCAUGAGUGUUGAGUUGUCAUAGUCUAAUGUAAAAACUCAUUCUCCAAAUAACAUCUAAAUACAGCAAGCAUAUUUUACUUGAGUGUGUUGAAAUGUGAAGUCCUGGCUCAAAUCUUAUAUCAAAUUCCUGAGUUAAAAA